GCGGAGGCUCGCCGUCGCCGCUCUGGUGUUGACGUGGGCCCUACAUUUCAGAGGCGGCAUGUCUCUCAUCUCCGACAACAAAGAUCUCAUCUUUAAUGUCCACCCAGUACUCAUGGUGAUCGGCUUCGUACUUUUGAAUGGUGAAGCUAUGCUAGCAUACAAGACAGUUGGAGGAACCAAGAAUUUCAAAAAAUCCGUGCAUCUGGCAAUUCAAUUUAUUGCGUUGUGUUUGGGCCUGAUUGGUGUGUGGGCUGCAUUAAAAUUUCACAAUGAUAAGGGGAUUGACAACUUCUACAGUCUCCACUCAUGGUUAGGUCUAGCAUGUCUCUUCCUGUUUGGCCUUCAGUGGGGGGCUGGUUUUGCGACCUUUUGGUAUCCUGGUGGCUCAAGGAACAGCAGAGCUACCUUGCUCCCAUGGCAUGUAUUUUUAGGGACGUACAUAUAUGCUCUUGCUGUCGCUACUGCUGCCACGGGGAUUUUAGAGAAGGCUACAUUUCUUCAAACCAACAACGUCAUCACCCGUUACUCAUCCGAGUCUUUGUUGCUUAAUGCAUUGGGUAUAUCAAUCGUGAUUCUUGGUGGCUUUGUCACCCUUGCUGUUGUUACUCCAGUUAACGGCAGUCCAUACAAAGGCAUGUCCGAGUAAUGAUUUUAAUGUUCACCCAUCAAAAUACUUCAGUUUACACCCAAGCCAUUUCCGUCUCAAGCUUUACCCUUGAAAGAGAAGAUAGUUUGCAAUUCUUUUCCCCUGGCGCUUUGAUCGUUUGUAAGCAAGCUUCUAGAUGAAUGCCACAUUAUUAACAACUGUAAUGGAGAUUAAUAGGUGUAAAUCAUAUGUUUCCUUUUUUAUUAUUAUUUUGUGCGUUCCUCAUGUAAUUAACGGCUUGGUUUGGUCAGCAAUAUUUGAAACUAAUGGAAGGGAUUAUUCAGACUGGCCAUCAAUUCUUGUUCUAGUUUGAACAGCUUCAAGAGGCACGGUUUCAAAAUGAACCUUUGAGGAUU